GGUGAUCGUUUAUUACAGAUCGCCACUCAAUCGACCACCGUGAUCCGAACGCGGAUAAGCGCUUCUUCUGAUCGAACACGAUUGGAGUAACUUGCAUUUACACAGCGAUAAGACAGGCAAUGACAUUUGCAGUUCUGCAACUUGAACUUUAAUCAUAUUUGCAUGCGGCAGUUACCGCUCCUAUUACUCAGUGUUUCUUCUACUCGGCGAGCAGAAUUUCUACCAUAUGGGCAUCAACACAGUGGAACUGCGCUCAUCUUCUUUAGAGAAACCAGCGAUGUACAAAGUGCUGUCCAAUGUAUCAAAGUAUACAGUCUACAAUGGGCUGCGUCACACAUCAACAGCCAUUCACACACCAUACAUAACAAGCUUAAAUCUCAAUAAGCAACCACUUCCCAGGCAGCCUGUGCCUGAUCUCAAGCAGACCGCGGAACGUUAUUUAAGGUCUGUAAAACCGCUGCUGACUGACCAGGAGUAUGAAAAUACGGAGAAGAUUGUAGGUGAAUUUGUACGCGAUGGUGGUGCUGGACCUCGAUUGCAUACCAAGUUACUGGAGAAAUAUCAGAAUACUGACAACUGGAUGAAAGACUGGUGGUUGCGAGCUGCGUACUUGGGGUAUCGCGCUCCGGCGAUUAUAAAUUCCAGUCCUGGAACUGUCGGACCGUCAGUUACCUUCCGCAGACCAGAUGACAUCUACGUGUUUGCUGCACGUCUCAUUGCUGGAGUGUGCGAUUACAAUGAGAUCGUCAAGAGUGGAAAGAUGAAGCAAGAAAUGGUCCGUAAUGAUCCGCUCGACAUGCAGCCAUAUGGCAUGGUACUUGGCACUCACAGGCAACCUGAUGAAGGAGUUGACAAACUUUUGCACACAGACGAAGCCAGACACGUAAUAAUUAUAAACAAUAAUAACUUCUUCAAACUUUGCGUCGUCGAUGAGAACGGCGUUUUGAGCGAGGCUAAGCUCGUGGCUGCUAUAAAAGAUAUCGCUGAUCGUUCGUGCGUGUCAGGGAAACCCGUCGGAAUUUUAAGUGGAAAUGAUAGAGACACUUGGGCAAAGGAUCACAGCUUACUUUCAGAAUUGGGUAACAACAGACGUAUAAUCAGAGACAUAGAGACGUCAUUGUUCGUAUUGUGUCUGGACAAGAAUAUGCCGGAAGGUGCGUUCAGGGAAAAAAAUAAUGCAUCCGUUAGAGCGGUUCAGGCCAUGACAGGCUUCGACAGCUCCGUAAAUGCAGGCAACAGGUGGCACGAUAAAACUAUACAGUAUAUAGUAUCCGCAGAUGGCUACGUCGGCAUGGAAUACGAGCACAGUCCAUGCGAAGGUGGCCCGGUUGCUGUUCUUCAUGAUUAUGUAUUAAAAUACAUAUCGGCGAGGGAGAACAGUGCGAGGCGUGAAAGCCCCAAGGACUUUCCUCGAGCUGAGCUUUUGAAGUUCGAGACCAACGACGCGACAGAUCGUGCGAUCAAGAAAGCUACUGAUGCAGUAGACAAUCUCUCGAGAAACAUAGACAUGGAGUGUUUUACGUUUGACAAGUUCGGCGCGGACGCGAUAAAGGCGAUUAAACUAAGCCCCGACAGUUUUAUCCAGAUAGCGAUGCAGGUGACCUUCUACAAUUUACACGAGAAACCGCCAGCUCAUUACGAGAGCGCCGCAUUACGAAGGUUCAUCAAUGCUAGGACCGAGUGCAUCAGAUCCACGUGCAUCGAGUCGGUCGAAUUCGCGAGAAUGAUGCUUCACGACGCCAAUUCCAAGAGCAAAGCGCAAAAGAAGGAAACGAUGAUCAGAGCUAUAAACGCUCACAAAGAACUUGCUGGACAAGCGGCGAUGGGCCAAGGCGUCGAUCGGCACUUGUUCGGCUUAAAAAUGAUCGCUCAAAGCGAAGGUAUGGAGCUUCCAGAAUUGUACAAGGACGUUAGCUACACCAGAAGCACAUAUUUCAAUUUAACGUCGAGUCAGGUACCGUACAAAUCAGCCUCUUUCAUGUGCUACGGACCAGUCGUUCCCGAUGGUUACGGAUGCUGUUACAAUCCGCGACCGAAGGAUAUCCUAUUCGCCUGUUCCUCGUUCAAGUCCUGCGGGAGGACCAGCACGAGAGAUUUCGCUCGCGUUUUACAGCAGACUCUGUGCGACAUGCGAGCCAUAGGAAGCGAGAGUACAUAGUAGAAAGUCCGUUUUAUCACAAUGAAAAUUCAGUCAAUAUUUACACACUAUUUUUAUAUACUAUGUAAAAUAGCAGAGACGACAGAGCAAUGCGAGUCGAACGGAUCAGCUUUCCGAUAUUUAAUAUUUUAGUAUUUUUAUUUUACUACAAAAUAUAUAUAUAUAUAUAUUGGGAACGGGAAAACUUCGCGGAAUGCUGCGCCGCUUGACUCGAAUUGCUCUGCACAUACAAUCACGUAUCUUCAAUAAAAUUUACACGACUGCUCUAA